AAAAUACCUGCUGGUCGACUGGCAUGGGAACAGCACAUUCUUCUUGAUUGUCUGUCAUCUCCUCCUUCGAUUGGCAUUUGUAUAGCAAAAUGUUCGCAAGACCGUACAUCUGCACGGCGUGUAAACGGCCUACGACCACCAAGCUCCUAAAGCAACCCCGAAACCAAUAUCUCCAUGCUUCGUCGCCACUAAACCUUCCUCGACGCAAAGAUUUUUUCUCAUCCAACGCGAAUCUCAGUCAGAAACAGCCCAAGAAUGGCGAUGUGUCUGACGAGAGUGCGGAAUCUCAGAAACAACGAAGGAGAACGGGGAGAUCUCCAGCUGCAUCGACAUCACUACGGAGAGUAGCAGUGGAGGCACAAAGGUCGAAAGACGGGAUAUUGUCCAAGGCCCAGCUCCGAGAGCGAGGCGUAUUUCAAACUAAGUCAAUAACAGCGUACGCCGUUGCCGAACAAUUUAACAUUCGCAAAGUCCGCGACAUUCUACAACACAAAGGCUUCGAACCGGAUCCACUCGGAACUGGUCUAUAUCCACAGGUGGUUCAUGUCCAAGUGCCUUCGGACUCGAUUCGCCGCGUGAGUAACCCCGCGACGACAGAUCUGUGUUCCGAUGAAGUUGGCGAUAUAUUCGUGUUCCCGUCCGGCACAGUUGUUGCCUGGUCGCUCCCUGAAGGAUUCACGUCAUUCUUGGCGACGAGGACCCUUCUCCCGGCUGCCGAGGGGGCUCACGUAGAUUACCUAGAAACCGAGGAUCUUGAAUAUGUCGAGGACCCACAACGAGAAAACAGCUACAUCAAGGGCGACACCAUCUUCCUGGGGACAAAGCCGACCUUUGAUGGAUAUGAACUGCAGCCCACCACUCUUCAGUCUGUAGAUACGGUGUUGACGAAGGUGGCAUUCUCGUCCGGCUUAGCGCGGAGUACCAAGUUGGCCGUGCUGGAAUCUCUGCUCUCCGAUUAUUUCGAGUCGACCAGAGCGAUCCCGACCCUCCUGUCACAAGGGACCCGUCUUCCUUUUACUAGAGACUUCAUUCUCCGCAAGACGGGCCAACUGCUCAGCGUGCGUGCUCAGUUGAACCUUUAUUCGGAGCUCACCGACUCCCUGCCGGAUAUCUUCUGGGAUAGCCGGCACGAGCUUGGCUUGGAAGGAUAUUACGAGCAAGUGGGCAGGGCGUUGGAUGUUGGGAUUCGCAUCAAACUUUUGAACGAGAAGAUGGACUACGCCCAGGAGAUCGCGAGUGUCCUUCGCGAGAGGCUGAGCGAGACGCAUGGACUUCGGCUCGAAUGGAUCAUCAUCCUGCUCAUUGCCGUUGAGGUUGGAUUCGAGAUCUUAAGGAUGAUCAAAGAGAGAACCCAGGAGAAGGAAGAACAGGCGAAACGUGACGAGGAGAAAGUUGUAUAGCAUCAUUACCCAUCGCCUUGGAUAGGCUGGUUUGGGCUUCAGGAUACCCCCAUUUAUUGUUCUCCACUCAGAUCUAG